CAUCCCCUCAUCCUUGUGGCAUCCGAGGCCAUCGGAAGGACGGCCGUGAUCGAGUGGUGUUCCAAUCACCGUCACGGCUGCCUCUCUCUCUCUCUCUCUCUCUCUCUCCAUUCCUUCACUUCUCUCGCCAACUCCAUUCCUGUCAGACUUAGCUCUCUCUCUCUCUUCAAUCAUGGAGACUGCCGCAGACGUUGGGGAAGAGGAGUUGUCGCCGCCGCGAUCGUCUUUAGUGUCGGAUGAUUACGAGGAUGUGGAGGAGGUGGAGGAGCAGGGAGGAAAUCUAAAGGAGCCGCUUUUGGAGCACCAUCCCAUCAAUCUCCGGCGCCACGCGCCCAACAACACCUCCCAACUCGCCAUCGUCGGCUCCAACCUCUGCCCCAUCGAGAGCCUCGAUUACGAGUUGAUCGAGAACGACCUCUUCAACCAGGAUUGGAGGAGCCGAGGCCGGGCGGCCAUAUUGCGGUAUGUGUUCCUCAAGUGGACCUUCUGCCUCUUCAUCGGCAUCGUCGCCGGCGCUGUUGGAUUCUUCAACAACCUUGCGGUCGAGAACAUCGCCGGCUACAAGUUUUUCACUGUCUCCGACUUGAUGCUUGCCAAUAAGUAUUGGACAGCGUUCUGGGUGUUUGCCGGUUCAAAUUUGGCCCUUUUACUGUUUGCGACGGUGAUCACGGCCUUUGUUUCGACCGCGGCAGGCGGGUCAGGAAUACCGGAGGUGAAGGCUUACUUGAAUGGGGUGGAUGCUCCUGAUAUCUUCUCGCUUCGCACCCUUGUUGUAAAGAUUGUAGGUAUGAUUGCUGCUGUAUCAUCUUCACUCCAUGUCGGCAAGGCUGGCCCCAUGGUGCACAUCGGUGCAUGUGUUGGGGCUAUAGUUGGACAAGGUGGGUCCCGCAAGUAUGGCAUGACAUGCAGAUGGCUACGUUACUUCAAAAAUGACAGAGAUAGGCGUGAUCUUGUUACCUGCGGCGCUGCUGCUGGUGUUGCUGCUGCUUUUCGUGCCCCAGUUGGGGGUGUUCUAUUUGCUCUCGAGUCAUUGUCUUCAUGGUGGAGAAGUGCCCUGAUAUGGAGGGCAUUCUUUACAACAGCUGUAGUUGCCGUCACACUGCGUGCACUGAUUGACAUCUGCGAAAGAGGAAAAUGUGGGUUAUUUGGGAAGGGCGGGCUGAUUAUGUAUGAUGUUACCUCAGAUACUGUUACGUAUCACAUUGCCGACUUACCUCCAGUGAUCCUCCUUGGAGUAAUUGGGGGAAUAUUGGGAAGUCUAUACAAUUUUCUUAUGUUGAAGGUUCUUCGUGUAUGCAGUCUUGUUAACGAGAAAGGACGUGCCUACAGGUUGCUUCUCGCUGCUACGGUGUCCAUAUUUAUAUCUUGUUGUCUGUUUGGGUUACCAUGGCUGGCACCCUGCAGGCCUUGCCUGAAAGAAGAUUGCCCCUCUAUGGGUCAGCCUGGCAGCUUUAAGAAUUUCCAGUGCCCUCCAAAUCAUUACAAUGAUCUAGCUAGCUUAUUUUUCAACACCAAUGAUGAUACAAUCAGAAAACUCUACAGUAGUGAAACGAAUGAUGAUUUCCAGAAGUCCUCUAUCAUGCUAUCCUUUGUUGCCUCCUAUGUUCUUGGCAUCUUAAGUUAUGGUGUUGCUGCACCUUUCGGUCUUUUCGUGCCCAUCAUCUUAACUGGUGCAAGCUAUGGACGUCUUAUUGGAAUGCUAAUGGGGGCGAACUCAAAUCUAGAUCAUGGUCUCUUUGCGGUCCUUGGCUCGGCUUCCUUUCUAGGUGGAACAAUGAGGAUGACUGUGUCUGUAUGUGUCAUUAUACUAGAAUUGACCAACAAUCUCUUGUUGCUUCCCCUUGUUAUGCUGGUUCUCCUGAUAUCCAAAACUGUGGCUGACUCCUUCAAUCCCAACAUCUACGAUCUGAUUCUGAAAUUGAAGGGGCUUCCUUAUCUUGAAGACCAUGCAGAACCAUACAUGAGGCAGCUCACAGUCAGUGAUGUGGUCGCAGGUCCUUUGAGAACCUUUAAUGGUGUCGAGAAGGUCGGUAACAUUAUCCACAUAUUGAAGACAACCGGCCAUCAUGCAUUUCCUGUGAUCGACGAACCACCAUUUUCUUCCUCUCCUGUGCUGUAUGGCCUCAUCCUCCGUGCACACCUUUUAAGUCUAUUAAAGAAGAAGUGUUUUCUGCCGACGUGCACUCUCUCAAGUUUUGAUGCAUCAAAGCAAUUUGUGGCUGAUGAUUUCGCUAAGCGCGGAUCGGGGAAACAUGAUCGUAUAGAGGAUAUCGAGGUGACAGCAGAAGAGAUGGAGAUGUACAUUGAUUUGCAUCCAUUUACAAACACAUCACCUUAUACGGUGGUUGAGACGAUGUCACUGGCAAAAGCACUCACACUUUUCCGCCAAGUGGGCUUGAGACACCUCUUGAUUGUUCCGAAGUCCUCUUGUAGGGCGCCGGUGGUUGGCAUCUUGACGAGGCAUGACUUCAUGCCAGAGCACAUCUUGGGUUUGCAUCCGUUCCUGGUGAAAAGCAGGUGGAAGAGACUGCGAUUUCAUCAAUCGACCUUGACUAGAUUCUUCAGGACUAGUUUGAUGUGGGCUUGCUCUUAAGGUGUUGUAUAAUGGAAGUUGUUUCAUUUUUUUCACUCGAAACAUGUAGUCCUACAAACCUCUGAUUCGAUGCAUUAAAUUUAUUUUCACAAUUGUGUGUUCUGUAAAAGCUUGUAAGAUGUUGCUCAUCGACUAAUACACUUCAUUUUUUCUUGA